UUGCCUUCCUGACAAUGUAAAAUAGCUGUCGGGCUUGAAGGAGCCUGACAUGGAAGCUAAUGCAUAAUAAGCUUAUCACCAAGGUUCUGCGGGCAGUGAACGAAGUUCUGGACCAAUCCGGUGCCAGCGAUGUCGGGAAGCAUGCAAAGGAGAGGUGUGUGCAACUGUGAUCUGGCGCGAUCUGGCUUCUUCCAGAAGAAGGGCGAGUACAUCUGCACGGCAGACUAUCAGCGUCUGUACGGCACACGCUGCGACCGCUGUGACAGCUUCAUCACAGGAGAGGUGGUCUCCGCUCUGGGGCGCACGUACCACCCCAAGUGCUUUGUCUGCAGUCUCUGCAGUAAACCCUUCCCCAUUGGAGACAGAGUGACGUUCAGCGGAAAGGACUGCGUGUGCCAGCAGUGCUCGCACACACUCGUCAAGCCAAAUGAACCGAUCAAGAUCCACGGACCCAGCCACUGUGCCGGGUGUGGAGAUGAGAUCAAGCAGGGUCAGUCUCUCCUGGCGUUGGAGAAACAGUGGCAUGUCAGCUGCUUCAGAUGUCGUACCUGCAACAUGGUCCUCACCGGAGAGUACAUCAGCAAGGAUGGAGUGCCAUACUGUGAGGCAGAUUACCACGCCCAGUAUGGGGUGAAAUGUGAAACCUGCAGCAGAUACAUCAGUGGAAGGGUUCUGGAGGCGGGAGGGAAACAUUACCAUCCGACCUGCGCUCGAUGCUCCCGCUGUAACAUGAUGUUCAAAGAGGGAGAGGAAAUGUACCUGACAGGAUGUGAGGUGUGGCACCCAUUAUGCAAGCAGGCGGCGAGGGCAGAGAGGAGACUCAGGCACAGACGCCUGUCAGAGGCCUCCAUCUCUCCACCAGGCUCCUCCAUAGGCUCUCCCAGUAGGGUUAUAUGUGUAAGUAGCGCGUGUACCUUAUAACAGCUCUUAGUCACUUUUAGCUGCCACCGAGUUUACCCUAAAAGCCCAAUCACCACACCAGAAACACAAGCACAACCCAUAGGCUUGUAUGGUUAAGCACCAUCCUGAGAGGCUGCUCACUCCCUUGGCCUGUUCACUUGUCUGUGUCCUAACCUCUGUUAUCAUUAUUGAUGUUUAAGGAGUUAAAAAGAAGUGAGAAAACUAUAAUCUUGUUGUCACAAUGUGAACUACUGUUACAGCACAACACAAUAGUAUGUGUUAUGUCUGUGAUGACCAUCUGCAGUCAUCAGUUCCCAGAAAGUACUGAUACAGAGAUUUGCAAGUUGAAAAACACCCAGAGGUGUAAGUUAAAACUUGGCAAAAUUUGCAUGAAAACUAAAAAGAUUUUCAGCAACGCUAACAUCGUGGCAGUGUAAUUUUAACAGAUAUUUGAUGGAUGGCCAUAAAAUGUUGUACAGACAUUCAUGGUCCCUAGAGGAUGAAUCCUAAUGAUCCUAGUGCAAACAUCAGGUCAAAGUUUUAAGUGGCCAAUCCUUCAGGUUUAUGACCUCAAACUAUUGAAACUUUCAUCAGCCUAACUGACAGCAGACGAAGCAGGUUGGAUUUAAUUUGAAAAUUGUUAAAUAUAACCUAGACAUCUUAAAAGUGUUCAUAUUUCAACCAAAUUCAUUGUAGUUUUAACCCAGACACCAAGACAUGUUUUGAUGUGCAAAUCGCCAACUCAGUGCUUCCUAGUCAGUCAAUUAAAACCCCAUAA